AUAUGAUUGUCUUCAAAAUACCUAUUAAAUAAUUGAAUUUUUAAAGUUCUCUGUGUUUACAUCUUAAUUUGUGUUAUUAUUAGAUUUUAUAUACUUGAAGGAAUUAUGUCUGAUACGAGGGAAGCAGAUAAGAAGGAGUAUAAUGACAGAUUGCGUCCAGCGAUCCGCAGCCAUCAGCGCACCCCAUCAGGGUCGCGGGACUUCAAGGAGGCGACCAAGCGUGAUGCUCUCGCCAGGGUGGCUGUGGAGCUGGAGAGAUUGGUCAGCACCAUCCCAGAGAAUAGGCGGCCCCUCGUCGAGAAGGAGUUCGCCGGCUUCAAGAAUCUUUUCAGCAGAUUUUUGGCUGAACAGGGUCCAUCAGUAACAUGGGAGAAGAUCGAGAAGCUUCCAGAAGGCGCUGUCAUAGACUACAACACGCUGGAGACACCGACCACAGACAACGUGCACCACAUGCUGGACAAGCUGGUGGUGGUGAAAUUGAACGGUGGACUCGGCACCUCUAUGGGUUGCAAGGGCCCCAAGUCGGUGAUACAAGUGAGGAAUGAGCUCACGUUUUUGGAUCUGACUGUGCAGCAGAUAGAGCACCUGAAUAAAACGUACAAGUGCAACGUGCCACUAGUGCUGAUGAACUCGUUCAACACGGACGACGACACGCAGAAGGUGAUCCGCAAGUACCGCGGACUCAAGCUCGAGAUACACACAUUUAACCAGUCGUGCCAUCCGCGCAUCAACCGCGAGUCGCUGCUGCCCAUCGCCAAGACCGGCGACGUGCACUCCGACAUUGAGGCGUGGUAUCCACCAGGUCACGGAGACUUCUACGAAUCCUUCUACAACUCUGGCCUCCUGCAGAAAUUCAUCAAAGAAGGUCGCACAUAUUGCUUCAUCAGUAACAUAGACAACCUCGGAGCUACUGUCGAUCUGAACAUACUAAAUCUACUUCUCAACCCUGAGCCCCAGCGUUCCACGUCAGAAUUCGUGAUGGAAGUCACAGAUAAGACGAGAGCUGACGUCAAAGGAGGCACGUUGAUCCAAUAUGAGGACAAACUCCGCCUCCUCGAGAUAGCCCAAGUACCUAAAGAGCAUGUAGAUGAUUUCAAGUCAGUGAGCCAGUUUAAAUUCUUCAAUACCAACAACUUAUGGGCAAAACUUGACGCUAUCCAGCGGGUAGUCGAGCAAGGCUCCCUAAACAUGGAGAUCAUAGUGAACAACAAACAUUUAGGCGAUGGACUGAACGUAAUUCAACUAGAAACUGCUGUGGGUGCUGCCAUGAAGUGCUUCGAAGGUGGUAUAGGAGUUAACGUGCCCAGGAGCAGGUUUUUGCCCGUCAAGAAGACGUCAGACCUGCUUCUCGUCAUGUCGAACCUGUACAGCUUAUCUCAUGGCUCGUUGGUCAUGUCUCCGCAGAGGAUGUUCCCCUCGACACCACUCGUGAAGCUCGGAGACAAUCACUUUGCGAAAGUAAAGGAAUUCCUGAACAGGUUCGCAGCGAUACCUGACCUCAUAGAGUUGGAUCAUUUAACAGUGUCCGGAGAUGUUACAUUCGGUAGAGGAGUGUCCUUGAAGGGCACAGUGAUCAUAAUAGCGAACCACGGGGACCGAAUAGACAUACCGUCAGGGGCUCUACUUGAAAACAAAAUUGUAUCUGGCAAUCUACGCAUUCUCGAUCAUUAGAUUUGGAAGAAACAUUGUCUGUGUAUGAAGUAGACAUUUGCACAAAAAAAAAAAGUUGAAACAAAUCACAAGAACAGUUCCUAUCUAAUUAAAUUAUAGGUACUAAAAUAAAAUGUACAUGUUUA